ACCCGUAUAAAGACGUCUUAAGGAAUACCAGAGUAAUGGCGUGGGGCGGGACAGGACAAACAAGAUGUCAUUUUGCUUGUCAUUAUUGGCCCACAGGAUAGUUAUAGUUUUUGUUGAUUUUCCUCGGCAUGCAGGGAUUUAGACUGUAAGGAGCCGUUCAGACAGGAGUCACACAAUGGAGUUGACGCUUAUAUAAACUUUGCAAUUGACAAUGGUUUAAGUAUUUCGAGAAGUCUUGUUCAUUUUCGUUUCAGUAUCUUCGCCCAAAAUGACAAGAUGGCGUAACGCACGAAGGUGUAUUUAUAUAGCACCUUGUGAUGAUAUUCUGGUGUAAGCUAACUUCAACUAUGGAUUACCGACAAGUUUCUCGCUCACUUAUAGUCUGUUCAAAUGAGAAAUUAAUUAUGUAUCAUUCGACUUUUGGUUCAUCGAAAGAAGGAAGACAUUCCGAAACUAUAUGAUGCUGCAGGCUCAUGAUGGAUAUUUUGACGAAUACAGGAAGUACAGGAUAGCACUACAGUCCUGAAGAAAGAAUGACGACUGCAAUGAUGAUACAGAAACGCAAGCGUGAUAAGGCCCAGGAGCAGCUCCGAAGUCGAAUGCGACAGCGGGGAGAAGGACAUGGAACCUCAUCUACAAUACUCCAAGCCCGGCGACGGUACACACUUCGUGAUGGAAAACGUGACACCAGUCUGUCGGGAGGCAUGAUGAAUAAUGCAUCAUCUAUAACCGUGACGCCGGGGGAUCUUCUGGGUACUAACUACAUGCAUUGGCAGCCAGACAUGUUGCCCUCCUCCGGCGGGGUUGUCUCAGAUCGUACGCAAUCCGACAUAAAGGGCGCCGAUCCGAUCCCUAUGAGUGAGCUCAUCAAAAGAGUCUUGCAGAGGAAAGUGGAUAACCUAGAGCUGGGCUCGAGCAUCUUACCCAUAGGGAACCUGAAGUCUCGCCAUGUUCCGUACGCACUACGACACAGUUCACAUGUCAAGAAAAUUGUGGGUACGAUGUCCAAACACAAAGCGAAAGAAAGCACCAAUAAACCGAUUGUCGUGGUCGUCGACAAUAAAGAAACUGACGCCAACGGUCAACGUCGCUUAAGAAGUCAUGCAAAGCUAAAUAACCAAUUAAAACCACGACCGACAAUUGAAAGUACCCCUUCUAUACAGGAUGGUUCUCAAGGAUCUAGUGCUUCGAGGACUUCCUUAAAGAUUGAUGAGCCUCAGACUCGUCAAUUACCAAGUGAUCAAACUCGUCCUGACCCAAUCGGUCAGCCCCAUAGAGGUAACGACAUUUUGUCGAAUUAUCGGCUGCAGACUACAAGAGCGAAAGAGAUGAUUGGUAAACAAAUGGCGUUGCAGCAUCGCGACACAAGGAAACAAACUUUGAACAAAUGGACAAUGCAAAAAACAAAACCCCUACCCGCUAUUAAAUCCAAGACUUCCAGCAAACGGGACAAAAGCUUGACGAGUCGUUUAAUUGAGGAUGCGAUUAUUAAGAGCAAGACUCGAUGUUCGUCUGGGGACGAUAUCAUUAAUCUGAAAACGGCUCAGUCAGAAGCGAUGCAGAAACUUGAAGAUAUGGGCGAACCGACGUUACUUGGAACGCCUCGGAGAUCCACACAUAAGAUGCUACGAUUUAAGAAUAAUUUGGGCAAGGUGGAUAGACUGUUGGCCAUAGAGGAAGAUAAAUGAACGAGAAGAUGAUAAAUCAACACGUAGCCUUUAUGUUAUGAAUGGAAAUAUACAGGUGAUACACUCUACCUCGCCGGUUGCGUCGAGUUGAAUUUUAAAAAUUUCACUAUCAUAACAUUACAUAACAGCUAUUCAUGUAUUUGACAGGACAUGACAUAUAAUCAUAUUUUUGAUGAAUCACACAAGUCAGCAAUCCCUCUGGUUUGAAGGAGAACCGGUCGAAUUCAGAUUCAAUAUCAAGGUCGAAAUCACCGAGGGCAUCAUGUCAAAUGGUUCUUCUGUUUCGAAGAAGGCCAUAGACGAUGGUGGAUAGGCUACUCAUAGUGUGGGACCUGGUUCUUUCCAAAGUUUCUAUACGGAGUAGUAACAUGCAAUAAGAUGUAAAUUUAAGUUUCGAGAAUGGAGGAGGGGGGAAUGACCUGUCCAGAUGAAUCUUGGAGAGGGUCCCUUUCUUCUACCGUCACGCUACGUAGUUUACUUCAAACGUACCGUUCUUUCACCCAUUCUAAUUCAUCCUUGCUCUUUUCUUGCCAUGGGGGGGGGGGGGGGGGGUGCUCUCUUAGCCACUGUACAUUGCAUUAAGCACUUGGUUGCAUUAUGUACAGAAUAUACUGAUUUACAAACUACGCAAACUGCUUAGACAGUUACUUGUAUUAACGAAAUUAUUUAUUGUUCACCAUAUUCACGAUAAAAGUACAUGAUCUACAAUUUGUUUAUAUGAAUGUAUAUACACAUUUAAAUUUCAACAAUCGGUGUCCAGUUCACUGGUAUAAUGGACAGUUUAAAACGCUUUUCAUGUAUAAUAUGUAUUUCUAUAGUUAUGUCUAAAUUUAGAUGGAUGACAUUAGUUUAGUCUACGCAAGGAUGGGCACAAUGAAAAUUAAUAUGAGCAGUGAUGAUGCGUGAAAACAACCUCUCUCUCAAUAUUGUGUGAUUUUAUGAGGUAGAAUUAAUGUAUACCGUAAAAUCCUGAUAUGGGAAAAAUUAUUUACACAAUUUUUUUUAAAGGAUUGCAGAUACAGAAUGGUUAUCUAUAAAUACCUUAAACAUUCAUGAUUCCUCUCAAAUAGUUUGUAUUUCGAUCAUUCAUAUUUGAUGUGUUAUAAUAUAUAGGUAUACAAGAUCUUAUGAAUAUAUGUAGAAAGUUUGUUCAUUGUACACCACAGUCGUGAUUCGUAUACCAUUCUUAUUAAACAAUGUUUAUCAAACA